AUCGCGCGCUCUGUACGCCGCACCUGUUUUAAUCCCGCAAAACUGGAAAUCCGAAGCACAGCACACAGAGAGUCGGCCGCGCACAUGUUACUGAUAUACACACCUCGUCCCACAUUUAUAGGAUAUACUGAAGUCAGGGAGUCGACGAAGUGGGAGAGCAGGAACACUGUGCCUGCACCCAGACGGAGAUGCCAGGACUUUACAGCCUUUUCGGCAUCAUGUAGGACAGGAUGAAGCCCUGCACACCCGUGUUGAUUAGGAGGAGUGAAGUGGACGGAGUGACAGAUGCUUCCUUGACCAACUCUUCAAAUGUUGAUGACCGAAGGAUGGAGAAACAGACCUUGGUGACAGCUAUCAGUUUGUCCAUGAGCCUGGCGUCACUGGUGCUUCUCAUCACCGCUAUCAUGACUGACCACUGGUACGAGACGGACACCACACGGCACAGGCAGAACUGCGACCAGUUCGGUCCGGACGCCAACGAACACAAGAACCGGUUGAUGCCCAUCUAUCACCUGCCCCUGAUGGACAGCAGCAAUCCUCGGAGGAACCAGGCGCUGCUCCGGGCGAUCCACGUCGGGAGUAGAGAGGAGCUCCUGGAAAAUUGGAGGUCCAUUUUGGGAAUGGGAAUUUUAGAAACGGAAUGCGGGCGCCCCAUUUUCUCCACUUACUCUGGACUUUGGAGGAAAUGUUAUUAUCUAGGAAAGGACAAGGACAUCGACAACCUCAUAUCCAAGGGUAUAGCCCAGCGAUGCACCAUCAUCAAGUACCAUUUCUCCCAGCCCAUACGGCUCCGCAACAUCCCUCUCAACCUGACCCGCACCAUCCAGCAGGACGAGUGGCACCUCUUACACCUGCGGCGGAUCACAGCAGGGUUUCUAGGCAUGGCGGCAGCCGUUCUGUUGUGUGGCUGCAUCGUGGCGUCUGUCAGCUUCGCCUGGGAGAAGUCUCUCACUCAGCACGUCUCUGGGCUGCUCUUUCUCAUGGCAGGGAUCUUCAGCACCAUCUCCCUGUGUACCUACGCGGCCAACGUGUCCUACGACCUGGCCAGGGUCCCUCCCUUCAUCUACGGGCUGCCUGCUGACGUGGAGCAUGGCUACAGCUGGUCCAGCUUCUGUGCCUGGCUCAGUCUGGGGCUGACGGUGACGUCUGGAUGCAUGUGCACCACCUUCCCCAUCCUCAGCUGUAGCAGCAGCAAAGCCCAGCAGGGCAAGGGUGCCCCCAACGCCGGUGUCUGACACACACCUUGCUGCGUUUGAUAUACACUUUGCUGUGUGUUACACACACACUGAGCUGCAGCAAGGGCUUGUAGGAAGAAAGAGUCUAAUAUGUCUGUGUCCGACACACCCCUUUACUGUGUCGGACACACCUCUUACUGCAUCUUUCACAUCAACAGCCUGCUGACCAAGCCCAUCCCCAGACAUCUGUCUGACACUGCUGCAGCAGGCGCCUGGGACUAACAUUAGACCCUGCAUCUAAAUCUAGGUUACCUCCAUGGAGCAAAACAUCCUGGAAUUGUGGAAGUAUUGAACCAUCAAUGUUGGCUUCACCCCUGCAUUCAUGCUUUGUCUGGGGCCUUUAUGCAAUUAUGUCUGUGAUUCAGCCUACUGCUACAUUUCCUAUGUGUGAUCAGAAUUCAGUGUCAUGCAAAUAACUGUCAAAUCACUGGUGGGAAAACAGAGGCCUUGACGUGUCAUCAAAAAUGAAAGUUAUUUGAAAGGAAAAUAACUAUAGAAAAGAAGAUUGAAUUUCUAGAAAGAUGUGGCUCAAACUGACAUUGAUAUGUACUCUGACCAUAAUGGAUCAAGCAGAAUAUACUUAGAAUAGCAGAUCUCUAACCAAAAUUGUAAGGACAUCCAUUAAUCCUCUUGUCAAUGGACACAGACCAAACCCCUGUGCAUACGCACCUAAACCCCCCAUCAAUGGAUACCAACCCCUAAUCCUCCCAGUGGAACCUAAGCGGAGUGUAUUUACCUUAGUCUCAGUGGAUGUAUUCUGUAAUCUAAUCCCAGAUAGUGUAUAAUUGUUGGAUGUGAGUCAUUGUCUGAUUGGGUAAAUAGAGCUGCAGAAUUUCAGACUCCUGAGAAGUGAAACUGAGGAACUCAAGAACUAUGCAUUAUUUCCUUCCACCAUUAACAAAGUAAUUGGAAAUAUAGAAUAAAAGUAGUAACACAAUUGGGUUUGACAUUC